GGAGGAUAAUCUUUGGGCUAUGGAAUAGCAAAAACAAAUAAAAACAAAACAAAACACAUUGAAACCUAAGGUCAUGGAUGGCAUAAUAAGAAAAUUGCUAGCUGGGCUCACUGAUUUCAAGUGAUCAGACUGAAAUAAAUGAAAGCAAGAGUGAUGAAGGAACUGGUAUAUGUAAUUGCUGAGCUGAUCAUUUUUAAACUGUGGAGAAUGGGACAGACAUGAAUGACAGAGAGAAAGGUACAUGUGACAGCACUGCAGCGAUGAGUGGAAUUUUAAAGAGGAAGUUUGAAGAAGUCGAUGGCUCCUCACCCUGUUCCUCCGUGCGGGAAUCAGAUGAUGAAGUUUCUAGUAGUGAAAGUGCAGACAGUGGGGACAGUGUCAAUCCAUCCACUUCUAAUCAUUUUACCCCUUCCUCAAUCCUGAAACGAGAAAAGCGGCUGAGAACAAAGAAUGUUCAUUUUAGCUGCGUUACCGUUUACUACUUCACAAGGAGACAAGGUUUCACCAGUGUUCCCAGUCAAGGAGGAAGCACGUUGGGCAUGUCCAGCCGCCAUAACAGUGUGCGCCAAUACACCCUUGGCGAAUUUGCGAUGGAACAGGAGAGGCUCCAUAGAGAAAUGUUAAGAGAGCACCUCAGGGAGGAAAAACUUAACUCUUUAAAGCUGAAGAUGACUAAGAAUGGUACCGUGGAAUCCGAAGAAGCCAGCACUCUUACAUUAGAUGACAUUUCAGAUGAUGAUAUUGAUUUAGACAACACAGAGGUAGACGAAUACUUCUUCCUGCAACCCCUGCCAACAAAGAAACGAAGGGCGCUGCUUCGAGCCUCCGGAGUGAAAAAGAUUGAUGUGGAAGAAAAACAUGAGCUGCGGGCCAUCCGCCUAUCAAGAGAGGAUUGUGGCUGUGACUGUAGAGUAUUCUGUGAUCCGGAAACUUGUACUUGCAGCCUUGCGGGCAUCAAGUGCCAGGUGGAUCGGAUGUCUUUCCCAUGUGGUUGCACUAAAGAGGGAUGUAGUAAUACAGCAGGUAGGAUUGAAUUUAAUCCUAUCCGAGUCCGGACUCACUUUUUGCACACAAUAAUGAAACUCGAACUGGAGAAAAACCGAGAGCAGCAAAUUCCCACGUUGAAUGGCUGCCACAGUGAGAUAAAUGCUCACACUAGUUCUAUGAGCCCUUCUGGCCACCCUGUGGAAUAUUCUAUUGCAGAGAAUUUUGAGAUUGAAACAGAACCCCAAACAACAGUGAUGCAUUUGCAGUCUGCAGAGGAGUUAGAUUGCCAGGGGGAAGAUGAAGAAGAGGAGGAAGACGGGAGUAGCUUUUGUAGUGGAGUUACAGAUUCCAGCACACAAAGCCUAGCACCAAGUGAAUCAGAUGAAGAGGAAGAGGAGGAAGAAGAAGAGGAGGAAGAUGAGGAAGAUGAGAAAGGAGAUCAUUUUGUGGAAGGUCUGGGCACCCAUGCCGAAGUUGUGCCUCUUCCCUCAGUUCUCUGCUACUCCGACGGCACUACAGUACAUGAAAGCCACUCUAAAAAUGCCUCUUUUUACACUAGCUCCUCAACUUUAUAUUACCAAAUAGACAACCAUGCCCCAGGCGCCACGAAUCAAAUUCCUGAGAACUAUUCUGAAAGAGAUACUGUUAAAAAUGGUACCCUUUCUCUGGUGCCUUACAGCAUAACAUCAGAGCAGUUUGUUGACUAUGCCCGACAAACAGAAGAGAGCUAUGGUAGCUCCCAUUACCCAUCUGCAAACCCCUCUGUAAUAGUCUGCUGCUCUUCGUCAGAAAAUGAUAGCCAUGUGCCAUGUACUAGCUUAUAUCCUGAACACAGGCCAAACCACCCGCAGGUGGAAUUUCACUCUUAUUUGAAAGGUCCCUCGCCUGAGAGAUAUGUUUCUGCUUUGAAUGGCGACAGUCACAUAGUUGAGCAUCCUGCUGAAAAUUCCUUAAGCCUCUCGGAAAAGAGCAGAUUGCACGAAGAAUGCAUCAAGUCAUCCGUGAUUGAGACCGUCCCUGUGUAGUAGGUUAAGUUGUCCCAAAACCACCUUCCUAUAUUUAAAUGCACUGUAAUUUAAUUGGAUUUCCUAGACUCAGCAUUGUUUUAAACUGUGGACCAAGAAAACUUGGACUGUGGUUAACGUUCCAGAUGCUUUUGUGUCUUCUUUCUAGCUUUUGGGACAGUGGCAUUGCACAAAUACAAGUUCAUACAAGGAUUUUGAAAUAAAUCAGACGUUUUUGAUAAAAAAAAAAAGCUAAAUUUAAAAAUGCAUAUUUCAGUCACUGACCCGUCAAACUCUGUGAUACCUGCCAACCUGUAUAGAUCAAAGCUCCAAGUUUUUUGAUUAUCGGGCCUGUGCAAGAUUACUAACUAAUAACUUGGAAAUGAUCAGAUUUAGAGUCCUAAUUUGCAAUCUAUCUGAAGUUGAUGGUGACUUUUUAAUGUAAAAGUAAUUAUUGUAAGAAAAAGAUUUAAUUGUUCAUAUGUAUUUUAUUUAUGGUAGUUUAGCAGAUCAUGUUUUGAUGGAAAUUAAUGUAUGUUCAUUUAAACUUAAGAGCCACACCAGAGCAUGCCCACAUGGAUUGCAUCUAGCAUUCCAUCUGCAUUUUUAUGAACAUUACUAAUACGAUCUGCAGAUACUUUCUUAAAGGUGAACUAGGCCUAUUUUUGCUAUUUUGAACAAAUAAAUGAAUCUAUUUGUGCAGGUCCAUACACAAUUUUCUCUAAAGGUAAGGGUUAGGACAAUCCUCCUGCUAGGGUCUGGAUCAGUGCCUUCCCACAAUUAGUUCCAGGGAAGGAGGUAAAAGGAAUCGCCAUUUUAGAAACAAAAACAAUAAAAAUGGCACUGUCUUUGUUCUUAGCUUGUCUAGUAGCACCUUUGAGCCCUGUGCCCCCACGUGGAAAUGCACUUUAGUGCCCUUGGCAGUACCUGCUAAGGUGUAGGGACUGUGAAAAUUUUAGGGGGUUAGGGGCUGGGGUAGAAAGCUGUAAUUAUCAUGGGGUUUAUAUGAUACAGUAGUCUUAAAAUAAUAUUUUUUGUGAAAGAACAAAUAAAGGUUUUCCUCAACCAGUUUGAGAAUCUAAAUCAGAGGUCAAUAAGAGCGGAGUUAUAAUGCUGUCAGGUUAUAAGAAGCAUGAAAUGGACAUGGAUGGAGCAAGCAGACUUUUUUUCUAUAAAAAGACCAAUCUUUGCAAACUAGAUGUAUAGAGAGAUUUCAAUUUUGUAAUUAACAGUUUGACUAGGGGCCAUCACCCAAAUAUUCAACUAGGCCUUAAGUUUCUGAAGCAUUAUGAAUUUCUCUUGCCUGGAACAAUUAGCAGGAAAAUCCAGAAUGCAUUAUUUGCAUUCUCAUUACCUCAUGUUCCCUUAACUUAUUAAAGGAACAGACACAUGGAAUCUAAAACAUGCACUCCUGGCCUUUAGAUUAUCUGUACUUGGUUUGCUGGAGAAGGAUUUCUAGGAUCACAUUUUUUCUGUAAAUUGACUUAGGUAACUAAAUAGCGUGCACUACCUUUCUUUCAAUGCAAUAUGACACUUCACCUGUUUCAGUAUUUUGUCCUAUUGAUAUGAAGUAUCAUAUGUUGUAUGUCAGUUUAAAAUGUAGAUUUGCCUUGCUGUUCAAUGACUGCAUUGCUUCUUAAUUUUUAUGUCUUUCAGACUUAGGUGUUUAAGGAUAUGGAUUUAAGCAUAUUGUAGAAUUUCGACUGUAGAUUUCAUUCAGUAGCUCUCAAAUAUGCUUGAAUUUCAAUGAAAAACCCUUGCUAAAACUUGGUAGGGAAGGGAAGGAUUAGGCAAUUUGUUCACUUGGCAGCUAGUUCUUUGAUAAUCAAAUUAUUUCUCCCUCUUCCCCCCUCAUUGCACAUACCCUGGCCUAAACAGGUAGGCAUUUCUCUCACUGUCAAAGGACCUCUGGAUUUCUUUCCCAGACAGGGAAGUCAUGUGGGCUAGUAAUAUCUCUUUAAUAAUCAACCGAAACCAUUAGACUUCCUACUUUUAUGAUGUCCAUUAAAUAUAUUUGGUGAAGUUUCAGUUCAUAGUGACUGAUACCUUUGUUUUCUCUCUAUUGUAAGAAUCUAAAGAGUGCAGAUCCCAGGAGAAAAUGAAAAGGGUCCCUCAAAGCCAAGGGUCCCUCAAAACUCAGUAUAGAAAAGAAGCAUAUUUAAUGUAUUUGUGGGAUCGUUGAAUACACUUUUUAAUCUCAAAAAAAAAAUCUUGAAAUAUCCACAGUACAGCAACCUAGGACUUGUCUUUUGAAAGAUCCAUAGAGGAGAUCUGUGAUCUGUGACAGGGUUGAAUGACAAAAGAAGGUUUGGCUUCUCACCUGAGAGCUAUUUAUAGGACCAUUUGAUUUAUGAGAGUUAACUUUCUGAGGCAGCAACCACAUCUGAUGAUUUUACCCUCAUCAAGGAUAUGGCUUCUUCUAUCUUUGAGCUUUGCUUCCAGAGUGAUCCCUAACCCAGCAGCUGCUUAUUCUCAUAGGUAAUCAGGGGAGAGAAUGCAGUGACCUUGCAUAUAGGCAAGAGAAUGAUCCCUUCCUAUUCUCCAACAGAUUUUCCAUAUUUUCACUGUCCAUCCUCACUCUACUCCAUAUCCUUUCCUAAAAACAAACAAAUCCAACAACAUAGACUAGCAGCUUCCUGACACUUUCUUCCUUUUCCUCCCUCAAAGGGUGUACCAGGUGUCAGAUAUAUGACUAGUAAUAUGCAGAGGCAUACUUUCCCUUUAAAUUCUAAUUGGUCUGAAAAACAGAGUAAUUUUUUUAUAUGGAUUCAUAUUUUUGGAAAUGAUCAAAGAUAUGUAUAUAUGUAGAGAGAGAUGGUUAUAUAUACAGAUAUACAUGCAUAUAUCUAU